UUUUUUAUUAGGUUUAUAUAAGAAUGUCAUUUUCAUCAUAGUGGAAUGGUGUUAAAGUUAUCUUCUGUGUAAGCAUUUAAAGUUUUAAACUACAUAUUGAAAAGAAAUUUAAAAAAAAAAAGAUUAUUUAUUUUUAGUUUUUUUUUCAGUUUUUCAUUAUUUUUUUUCAAACGGACUAUAAAAACGGUAUGGUCGGCGCCUAUUCCGUAGGUAGGGUCGGGUUACCCGAACCAAAUGUAUUUUUUAGGCCUAAUUUUACAUUAAAACCUAUGGAGUGCUAAAUUGGCAUCAAGCCAUCAACUGAUUAAAAUUGGAAACAUGAAGUCUGAUUAACAGGACAAAAGUCUUGAGUUCCGCAUUGAAUCCAUACUCAAUCAUCUUUUCUUGCUAAUAUAUAUAAAUGAUAUUACAAACAUUUACUUCAUAUAUAAGUGAUUCUUAAAAUAAAGACUUAUAUGCUGAUGAUCGAAUCGUUCGUGAAGCAGGAUAUAAUGUGCAAACAAUAAAGCAAAUCUGCAACAAAACAUAGAAAAUGAAUGACUAUGGUACAAAACAGAUAAUGUAGCAAUACAUCGAAUCCAAUCAAAGUGUAAACCAAGCGUCUGAUACACUUUUCAUCUCUCAAUUUUCUCAUUAACAAUAAUCUGGUCGAAAAUGUGAUUUGUCAGACAGUCAUGUGCGUUCACAAGGAAACUAAUGUACAUUUAAAUUCACACAGAAAUUCAUGUAUGCCCAAAACUUCAUAUAAAACCCAAUAGAUUAAAAAAAACUCCAUUCUAAACGACAGAUAUGGAAAGAAAAUAUUAUAACUUAUAUGUCCUUAAACAAGUUAAUUACUGCUGUAUAGUUUGGGCCACAGGUACUCAAUCUAGCUUAUAUAAAAUAUUAAAAAUUCGGAAGAGGGCAACAAUAACUUAUUACAGAAACGUAAUGAAACUCUGUCUAUGCCAUAUUUAAUAACCUCGGUGGUUUACCUUUAGAAACCGCUUUAAUUAUUACACUUGAUUGUGGUAUAUAAAGCUUUAAACAAACCAAUCGCCAUCAUUAUUUCGAAACUUUUCAGCUCUACUCUCUACGAUUUUCAACUAGAGGUGACAUCAGUUCUUGUACAAAUAUGAACAAGUACAAAGUACAUGCUGAACAACUUUUUUUAAAAUACCGGUAAAUACACAUGAAAUUGUGAACCAGUUUACAUAAGUUUGUUUUUAUUUCAAAUAUUUGUUUUAAUUACAUAUUUUACAUAUAGAUAUAUUGAUAUAUAGUUCCGAUAAUUAUUCGUCUUUCAGCUGUAACCAUCUAUUCAAAUUUCCUUCAUAUUAUACAAAUGGCUAUCACUCGAACAAAGACAUUUGUCACGUUUAUGUGAAGCUUAUCUUUCAUGUAGCAGCAGGAUUCGAGCAAGUCCAUGUACUCUUGGUUUAUUUAAUCAGAGACCACAUCCAUAUCCAUAUCCAUAUUGCCGAAAAUGUAUGUUUAUUAUGCUCUCCUAAGAAAAAGUAUGCAAUCGACGUCAAAGAGAAAGACAAUCUUAGGCUCAACCUAGAAACAUCGAUUGAGAUCAUCAAACAAUAAUUAGCACAGCUUAAUCAAAAGACUUCACUAUUUUAACACCACAACCCUAAAAGUUACAAAAGCGUUUUGCACUUAUUAUUCUGAGAAAAGAGCUUUACUCUCAGAAUCAGGAAAAUCAUUCUUGGACAACCUCAGGCAAGAACAUCUGUGGAAACUUGUCAUUGUGAUCAAAGAAUGCGGACAGUUUUCGAUUACGGCUUAAAGAUAUGCAAACGAAGACGUCAUUAUUGUUCAAUGAUCCAUAUGGAAUUUAUUUGCCGAGAAAAAUCUCCACACGGAGACAAUUUUACAUGACAUGAAUGUCUAACGUUAUUUUCAACUCCAUGAAAAAGGAUAUUUUAAAGCUAUUUAUAUUUUAGUACAUGUCGAACCUGUGCGCAUAUCUAUGUGUCCGGAACCAAAAUUGCUUAUAACGGGGACGCGGAAACUGGUUUUCGAAGUUAUGAAAAGUUUUCAGAUUUGAGAAUGGAUAUAAUACAGGAACACAAUGCAAUUUAUAAAAUCGGGGCAUAUGCGAAUUUUACACUCCAUAGAAGGUCAUCAAGAUAGGGAUUUGAAGAUACGCAAGAUAGCACGACGGAAACGGAAACACAGUUUGCAGCCACUAUUGCUGAAGUAGAAUAUUUGUUCGACGUCGGGACGUUAUAAGCUACUUACUCAUAUGCUUGGCACGCAAGCGGAAUUUCUGCAGAUAUUGAUAAUUUUAUCGUGGAAUGAUUUAAAAUAUUAAACACACGUUCGCUUUUUCAUCAGUAAGAAACCCACAUUAAAACCCACAACAAACAAACGUAAGCACUACGUCAGAAUUAACAACUUUUACUCAACAAAUCUCAUAUACAUGUACUUAGUAUAAUAUUCAUGGUACAUGGCAAUCUAGCGCCCCAAGUUUGGAUAUUUUUAUCUGUUUUUUACGAUGGACAAGUUGUAUAUCGCUUCAUCUUAUUUGACAAAAGGUGAGUGUUAAACAUAAUGUUAAUAAGUUGUAAGACCAUUUCGCGCAAAGUCAGCUGGGAAUUUCAAUGAAAUUAAUUAAUUUAUACUUGUGGCUUCGUUAACACUUGGUGUGUUGAUUUUAAAAUCCAAUAAGUGCGCAAUACUGAUAUUACUAAUGCCGUCAUAACCCCUUGCGGUCACACAAUAUGAACGUCAAGUUUUCUGUAUACAAUGCACUUAUGUAUUGCAUAUAUUGAUAUUUUUCCUGUAAAGUUUCAACGUUUUUAAUUUCAGAACAUGGCAGAGAUUAAUGAUGAAUUUGUUGGAGAAGAUUGCCUUCUGAAAGUUGAAAAUCCGAGCGGCGGAAGGCAGAAAUGGACAGCAUACAUUCAUACGACGAGAAGACGAUUUCGUUUCAAUUUAUAGACGAGCAUGCAAAAAAGGCGUCUUCAAAGGACGCAGUGAGUUUUAAGACGUUGAUUGAGUACCUACGUAUACCAUGCGAUAGACUCCUGGAACGUGACCUGUACCUAGCCAGAGCCAUAGCAGUUUGGAUCAGUACAAACGUCCACAGCACUGAUGAUCCAGAAAAUGACAGACGCUCCUUAAGUGAGCUUGCAACUACACCAAAAGGCUGUAUGCAACUUCUAAGACGAAAGGAAUUUAAGGAAUGGCAAAUAUUUCAAAAACUUUUUGAUACUGCCGGCAUACAACACCACGUGGUAGAAGGUCGCGUGAAGAACAUACAAUAUCGAGCAGGCGACAAAGAAUUUGCGACAAACAAAUGGAUGUAUUUCAGUUCAUUUGGUCAUCUUCAUCUGAUGCAUCCUGGGUGGCUAGUUAAAGCUGUUGCUAGUUCCAAGCACAGUGACGAGGUAGAGCUUGAAGCAAGUUCCGAAAUUACGCAGAAAAGAAGAUCAACGGAUUUAAGAGAUACAGUUGAUUCAACACUAAACGACUUUUGGUUUUGUACACGCCCUGAUAUUUUUGCUACUCGAUGUCUUCCAAAUGAUUCAGUAUCUCAACUUUUGCCAACGCCAUCUCGCUUUUCAUUUGAUCGAUUCGUAGAAAUAGCCGACCGCCGCCGAGAAUUUUACAGUAGAAAACUAACAUUGCUUUGUAAGAAUACGUGUUGUAUAGAAACACAUGACGGCGAAUGUUCCAUUUCUUUAUUUUCUGUUGGUAAAUCAGGUCAGCGGCUAGAGUUUUUCUACAAUUUUGCUAUGCAUGAAGAGCAGGACCGAAAUCAAAGGGAAGGAACCCCCGAAAGGUCAGCGUUCAAAGACAUGGUACUUCCCCAUGUGUUACACGAGCCGACAGCAAAGUCGUAUCGAGAUACGUUUACUUUUGAUGUACGUUGUCCGCAAAAAGGUGAAUACUGGUUGAGGCUCAUGGUUGGAAGUUCUGGGGAAAACGACAUAUCCAACUGUUGUGAAUUCAAAAUCAUAAGUGAUUCUCCAAGAAUUCACUAUAAAUUUCCACCAAGACAUAGUCUUAGUGUCUGCGGCUAUGGUCCAAAAGCUGAAAAAGCCAGGUUGAAGGAACCGUCCGUGAAGGGAGGAAUGAUAACCGUGGAGGUCAGAGACGAUCCGGAAAUGGAGGAAAUUCUAUCAUUUGGUAUUGCUGACAGCGAUGGAAUUGAUCAUAUUGAAGAUGGUUCAGACACUCUCAAUGAUCCAGACAACGGCUCUGAUGAAAUUGUAAAUUAUGAGACAGAAUUGUAUGGUAGUGACUUUGAUGGUGAGGAUGGGCAAAUUCAGAGCUGUUUCCAAGAUUGCACUCGCACAUCGAAGGAUUUGAAAAAGCAGAAGGUGUUCUUCUAUGCGAAAAUUCCGAAAGCAGGCGAAUACUCCCUCGUUAUAUAUGCCACAUGGUCAUCCAUCAGAGAUGAUCAUAUCAGGAGAGAGGCAGUCGCAUGUUAUUUUCUUACAACAGAUGAAGUAACCAAAGCAGAGGGUGCUACAAAUGUAGAAAACAUAGAUCGUAUUAGCAACACGGAAAACAAUGGGAAAGAAAAUCGUUCUUGCAUGGAUGAUCAUUUUGUAGGAAACGAAGCUAUGUCAUUUAAUCCGAUAGGCAUGCUUAGUGUAUGUGCAGAGGAGUUUACGAACAAACGAGAAAAAAGAAUACAACUUAGAAAAGAAGAAAAAUGUGUUCUGCUGUCAAAUAAAGGCAGAGAAUUCCUAGAGAAGUUACGAAAAGAACAUAAUGGUGAUAUCAACUUCAACAUCACAAGUGAAGGUGACCUUAUUAUCCCUACACGGAAUAUAUAUAAGAGAGAGCACCUCCAGGCUAAGGCUGUGGUUGAAAGUAUCAAAAUUUUCCUCUCAGAAGCUACCACAUACAGGCGACGAGUAUCUCUUGAUGAUGCGGAGUACCAUUUUCUAGAAAUGUAUUGCAAGGAUACUCUUCAAGCCGCCUCAGUUAUAUUUGUACCGGACGUUAAAGAGUUAGUGAUCACUGGUACUCUCGAGCAUGUUGGUAAGUCUGUUGAACUCAUCACACAUUUGAAAAGGGGGAUUCGACGAAAGGUUGAAAGAGUCUGUAAAGAAGGAUUAUACACCUUUCUGAUUUCGGAGAACGGAAAGAAUCAUUUAGAAAAUAUUGAAAGGGAAAUGGAAAGCGUUAUUAUCAUAGAGGGUUUUGAAAACAGUUUUGACGGUGAACUUGAGUCAGUUACAGUAAGAGUUUUGGCUCAGAAGAGUGAAAAUCUUGAGACAACACUUCAGCAACUAAGGGUUGUUGAAUUGUCCCAUCCAUUGCUGCAAGAGAGAAACGACAUUUAACAUACAAUAAAAUGUGCACUUUGUGCAAGAUGAACGCUGCAAGAACAAACUCGUCUAUUUCAAUAUUUGCAAAAAUCGACUUUAUUUCUGCAUGUUAAUUACCAGCAGUUGUGAUGUCAUUUGAACAUAGACUACAGACGUCACAGGUGAAAGCUUUGGAAAUUUCGAGGAAGCGUAUCAUUAGUAUAGAAUGCCGCAUAAUUUGGGACUUGAGAUAUAAAUGAUAUUUAUGGUUUUCUCAUGGUAUUCAUAUGUAUUAACAGUGUUACUGAAAAAACCUUGGAAAGAUCAUGCAAUGAAUGAAGUAAGCUGUGCUAUGUUUCUGUUUCUGUCACGGCUAUUCGUUUGCUUAUCUUUACAAGGAAAGGUACUGUACUUAUAUUGGUUUAGUCCUGAUGUCUUCGAUGUUGCCAUUUUCUGCAUUUUCAUGAAAAAACUGUUUCAUUGAUCAUAACAAUAUAGAUGAAAUACUUGAAA